UGUUGCCGCAGAACUGCGAGACCUGGAAGGCUCAAAGAGCAAGGGAAGGGACCUCCCUGAGCUACCACUAUGGCCGGAACACGAGCGAUCAGAAUUGCAGUGAUGCUGAUAUCCUUCCUACAGGAUGCUCCGGGUCCACUACCGACCGCCGUAAUGCGAUGACACUCCUUGCCUCCAAUUACGAGAACGAUCCGAUAGAUGUAUUCGCAGGUGAUUGGAUGAGCGAAGGCAAUAUGACUGUGAGGGCGGGCAGUAAAAUCGAUGGAGCAGGCCAAGUGGACGCCUACGAACCGACCUUCCUCGAAGCCCUUGAACCCGCGCUUCCUUAUAUCGCGAAGUAUCGAAUCAAAGUUGCUGUCAAUGCUGGGGCCUCGGACACUAAGAAACUGCACGAAGUAGUCACAAAGAUGGUCAAGACGAAAGGCCUGACCCUCAGUGUUGCGUGGAUAUCAGGAGACGAGGUCCUUCCACAACUUCUGGAAGCCCAGAAGCGGGGUGAGUUACCGUUCGAGAAUAUAUGUACCGGAGAGAAACUGGAGGAUUGGCAGUUUGAGCCGAUAUAUGCUCAAGCUUAUUUGGGAGGGCUGGGUAUCGCAAAGGCCUUCGAGAAUGGUGCCGAUAUCGUCGUCUGCGGUCGGGUGUCUGAUGCAAGCCCUGUCAUCGGUGCAGCAUACUGGUGGCAUACAUGGCAGCGCUCUGAUCUGGACAAGCUUGCAAACGCCUUCGUCGCGGGACAUCUUUCCGAGUGCUCAUCAUACAGCACCGGCGGGAACUACAGCGGCUUCAAAGACCUAGAAACCCUUGGGUGGCAAAAUAUUGGCUACCCAAUUGUCGAGAUUUCUCACUCUGGAGAAGUUAUCGUAACAAAAAAUAAGGGGUCUGGGGGUGAAGUGUCCGUCAAUACCUUAACCUCCCAGUUCCUCUACGAGAUCCAGGGUCCCUGGUACUUUAACUCCGACGUCACCGCUAUCCUCGAUAACAUCUGGUUCGAGCACCUCUCCACUAACCGGGUAGCUUUACGCGGAGUCAAGGGCGAUCUCCCACCGCCAACUACCAAAGUAGGCAUCACGGCAAAAGGAGGCUACCAAGCCGAAAUGCAUUGGUUCAUCACCGGCCUCGACAUCCCAGCCAAAGCCCGCAUGGUCGAGACCCAAAUCUGCACUCUCAUGGGCCCCCACACAUCGAACUUCUCCCAUCUCUCUUUCCAAACCAUCGGCUCCGUCCCUUUGAACCCUACAAACCAGAAUUCCGCAACCGUAGAUUUCCGCGUCAUUGCACAAGCGCGAAAAUCCGCGGACCUAGCCCCUGCGAAAUUCGUCCGACCAUGUAUCGAUCCGAUUAUGUGUGCCUACCCAGGUGCAACACCGCAUCUCGAUCUGCGACAAGCGUUUCCGAAGGAGAUAUUCGAGUACUACGUUACGCUUCUCCCGCAAUCUUCUGUCUCUCACCAGGUGCAUCUCCCUUCUGGUAAAAUUUUAGAUAUUCCGCCGCCUUUCGAAGCGAAAGUAUACCCGAAGCAACAACCUACACAAGAUACCACAGCGCACGCCGUCGAUCUUAAAUCAUUUGGCAAGACAGUGGAAAGUCCCAUAGGCACCAUCGUGCACGCACGUUCCGGCGACAAAGGCUCAGAUUGCAAUGUUGGGUUCUGGGUGCGGCAUCAGGACGAAUACGCAUGGCUGCGUAAUCUGCUUUCUGCACCGUUUAUCAAGAAGCUUCUCGCCGAAGAAUAUAAGGGUGGCAGGGUUGAGAGAUGCGAGUUCCCGGGUUUGCGGGCAGUGCACUUUCUGCUGAAGGAUCAUCUUGAUCGGGGAGUGAGUUGUACAAGCAGUAUUGACUUCCUGGGCAAGAACUGCGCGGAGUAUUUAAGGUGUAGAGUUGUCGAUGUACCGCAGAGGUUUCUUGCUAGGGGAAAGAUUUAA